AUGCCGGGAGACGAACCAGAAUUUGAAACAGAAGUCAUUGUUAAGCAAGAGCUAAUUCUUGAUGACGAUGAGUUGGUUCCUUUGGAAGGAGAAGACGAAAUUCCACCUCCAAAGUGUCCAUUAAAUGUGUUCAAAUAUCGGUGCAAAACCUUCAAGGAGAGGUACCUGCUCGCCAAGCACGAAAGAGCUCACGAACGAUCCAACGAAAAGGUCAUCUCUGAAUUCCCGUGCCAACAUUGCAACAAAGUCUUUCAGGUCCUCUAUCUCUACAAGCGACACUUGAGGACGCAUGGUGCGGUCCGUUUCCGGUGCAGCGUCUGUCCAAAGUCCUAUAAAGGCCGUACAACGCUGAAGAAUCACGAGCAGGUCGUUCAUAACAUUGUUGCACCAGUAGCUGACAGUCCUAAGCCCGAUCCGGAUGAUCCGAAUCACUGUAAAGAGCAUCAGAAGGAAGUUCAUAGGGUUUUGAAAGGAACUGUGAGGAACGUGGAAGGGCAGUUCGUGCCAAACCAAGACUUCCAACCCGAAGCAAUCGUGAAGGAAGGGCAGUUCGUGCCAAACCAAGACUUCCAACCCGAAGCAAUCGUGAAGGAAGAAUUGAUCAUCGACGAUGUGUUCCAGCCCUGUGAAGAAAUUGAAGAUCAGGAGUUGCCACAGGUGGAUGGUCCCACGGAACCGCAAUCAUUUCACUGCCCGGUAUGUGAUAAAUCAUUUACGUGUAACAGAAAGUACUACACGCACCAACGAAGGCACAGGGAUCAAGCUUACACGUGUAUCACUUGCAAGAAGUCCUUCAAGGAAAAGUUCGAGCUCGAUCGGCACGUCAAACAGGUGCACCGGGAGCGACCGAAGCGCGCGCCUCCAGCGAUGAAAUUCCACUGCUCCGAGUGUGACAAAACGUUUACGCUGGAAAAGCUGUACAAGAACCACAUGGUGCGACAUGGGGAGCGCAUUUUCAAGUGCACCCUUUGUCCCAAGUCGUUUGUCCUAAAAUGUGACCUGCGAAAGCAUGAGAAAAGUGGUCAUAAAAUUUUCAAUAAAGAAACUACGGAUUGCGCUGAAAAUUCUUUCAUCAAGACGCAAGCUUGA